CCCAGAUAUCGGAUAUUCGGAUUUUAUCUUAUCAGGACCCGAUUUUGAUCCGACGACGGCCGGCCUGCCGAUUUUGCGAUGGCAGCAGCUCCGAAGACAUACUUCGCGACGGCGAAUUACCGGUUCCUGACGAGUGAUCGCGACGCGCCUCUCGGUUCCGACUCCGUUUUCGAACUGGACGAGGCGGACGUGUGGAGCGGCGAGCGAUCGGCGUCGCCGGAGCGCCGGAAGGCUGUGCCGAGUCCGCGUGUUGUCUCGAGGAAGCAGUCGAGUAGAGGCGAGCGCGUCGCCAGGACGGCGCCGGCGUCUCUGCCGGUGAACGUCCCCGACUGGUCGAAGAUUCUGAAGGAGGAGAACCGGCGGCGUGACGGCGAAGACGGAUCGGACGGAGAGGAUAUGGUUCCGCCUCACGAGUUCCUCGAUCGGCAGUUGGCGAGGGCUCGAAUCGCCUCCUUCUCGGUGCACGAAGGCCUUGGGCGCACCCUCAAAGGGCGAGAUCUGAGUAAGGUUCGAAACGCAAUCUGGGAGAAAACCGGCUUCCAAGAUUAACCCUAAUUCUUACUCCUUUUUCCCCCAAAUUUUAACCUGGAUAUUGCUCCCUUAUCCCCUUCUGUUGUCUUUAAUUUCUGUAAUUUCGGAAACGAUUAAAGAUUCCAAUAACAUGGUUUUGGAGAGAGGAUUGUGUAAGAAAUCACACUUAUCACAUUAUUAUUAUUGUACCUGAGAAUUGUUCAAGAAGAAAUUCUUUACAGAGUGAAGAACUUCCACGCUAAUUCUCAGUAGUUUUUGUUUUUC